GCGUCGCCGAUAACAUCGCGCGCAAUGGCUGCGUCUCUGUCUCGCGCUCUGAAGUUACCGGGUGAGUCAUUUAUUAAUAGCGAAUAUUAUGACCCGCUGACGCAGGCCGACAGCGAGGAUGAGACGGAGGACGACGAUCUGGUGCUGAAUUACCCUUGUAACGGUCUGAGCCCGGCGGUGGCCGAUCUGAGGGAAGAGGAGGAGUUAGAUGAUGAGGAGGAGCUGAGGGAGGGGGCGGGGGCUGGGCGGGGUCAGGGCGGAGCUGCGGAGGAGAAGGCGGCGCAGGUGCGUGGGGCGGUGCGGACCGCUGUGUUCCUGCUGCCGCUGUCCUGCGCCGCGCUGCUGGUGCUGCUGUGUGCGUUCCUCAUUCCCUGCCCGCAGGGGGCGCCACAGUGGGAGAGAGAGCUGGGAGACACGGCAGGCGUGACGUCCCCUCCUGUUGCAUUGUGGGACGUGGAUGGCGACGGACUGGAGGACGUUUUGAUUGGCGUUACGAACAUCUCCAACAACAGCCAGCCAAUGAACGCACAGAGCAAAGGUGAGCAUAUCAAAUCCCUGCAAACGCAAAAACGAUUCAUUCCAGCACAAGAGUUAAUACGACUGCAACUCGUUAACUGUAACAACAACUUUAACGAUAAUUUAUCUGUGUCUGAUCUGGCUCUGGUCCUGAUCUCCGGCCGCUCGGGCGCUCUGAUUGGCCGGCCGGUGAACUUUAACCUCACGGCUCAGGGGAAGCUGAUUGGUCCGCUGCUGCACGAGACGCAAACGGGAGCCUAUUACGUGCUGUUUGGACUGGGUACGGUGGAGGCCGUCUCUCUCUCCCACAUCUACAGUAGAGCGACGGGUCAGACGGCGGCGUCUCGAGUGCGACUGAAGGAGCCCAGCUGGGAGCGUCUGAGGAAGAGCAUUUCGUCUUCACUCAUUCACAUCAGCAGCGGCUCUGAGCAGGUGGAGUUCCUGCUCCCUCUGGUGGCCGGCUCGUGUCAGAAGCACAGUAAUCUGGAGCUGAACUGCAGCCGCAGCGACUGGAUCCUGCUGUGUGACGCCAGCAGCCGUCUGUCUGUGCUGAGAGCGAGCGACACACACACCGCAUGGAGCCUCAGCCUCGCCUCCAUACACACGCGUCCGGCGGCGGGUCACUUUAACGACGACGGCGUUCCUGAUCUGCUCGUUCAUCAGUCGGCCAAUGGCGUGAGGAAGGUGCAGAUCGUGGACGGUGCUCGGGGGCGGAGCCUGUGGGAGGCGGAGUUUGUGUGUCCUCGUCUGGCGGUGGAGGAUUCGUCCGUUCUGACGGCGUCCGGCCAAUCGGUGUUCCUGUUCUGGGCGGGAGAUCCGCUGGCACAGCCGCAGAACGUCACCAAGGCUCCCGCCGCAGCAGAGCCAGUCCUCCGCAAGCUCUUCCUGCUCCACCCAGACUAUCCCACAAUCCUCCUGCAGUUGAGCAGCACCACCGACACCGUCCUCUCCGCCACCGUGAGCUACCAGGCGCAGCAGAAGGAUGCGUCCUACAUCAGCGUGUCGUCUCGGCCCUCGUCCGGCCGCGCUCUCGGCGCUCAGAUGCUCAAGACUCUUAGUCUGAGAGCGGCCCUCGCAGACGCCAGGAUCCUACGGCUGACGGACGCUGACAGAGACGGCAAACUCAGCGCUUUCCACGUCAACACGUUCUUCAGACGCCUGGCCUUCAGACAGUGAGCCAAUGCUGGGACUCGUCCUCAUUCCUGCAGAUGAAAAACACAGCUGCUCUUCAUCCAUCAUUCAUAAUGACAACAAUAAUAAUAAUGCUGCUGGCUGUCACAUGGUGUUUUAUGCUUUUAUUGGGACUCCUCUGCACGUGGAGUUGGUUUGUUGUAGAUAUUUCUGACUCUCUGUGCAGUAUUUCUGUGUGACUGGAUGAUGCUGUUAACACUGCUGGACUAAUGCUGAUCAAUAAACACAUUCACAGCAGAGACGCGAUCUGUAACGACAAUCACUGCAGCUCAGAGAAACACGAAAACAGCAGUGACUUACAUAAUUAUGCUGGAGAGGAGCUUUCAUCAGCCAAAUUCAGAUGCACCGUUUGCAUAUUGAUUCCCCUAGUCAAAGCUGAAUGGGGCGACAAGGAUUAUUGUUGCCACUUUCCAUAGAAAUAAGUGUUUUUUAACAAAUUAUAAAUGUCUUUUUUGCUUGUA